AUGGUGGAACCGGCGAGGCCUCAAUUCGUUCUUUUCGGAUCCUCCAUUGUCCAAAUGAGCUUCGGCCAUGGCGGUUGGGGUACUGCCAUUCUCGCUGAAAUCUACGCUCGCAAGGAUGCGGCUCUACAGCCUUCCUUGGUGAUAGUUUAUUUCGGCGGUAACGAUUUAAUGGGGCCUCACUCAUCUGGCCUUGGCCCUCAUGUACCACUUCCUGAAUACAUUGAGAACAUGAGAAAGAUUGUGACUCAUCUCCAGGUACUUGCUUCACAUACCAAUUGA